AUGCAUGUCACCAUUCAAGUUGGGUAUGGGAAGGCCUGCCACCUCUUUGUUGAGCUCGAACAUAAGGCAUAUUGGGGUAUUAAAAGAUUGGAUUUUCAGGCUCAGUUAGCUGGGGAACAAAGAUUACUAGAACUUAAUGAGUUGAAAACGUUUAGGGCAUAUGCAUAUGAAAAUGUGAGGAUAUACAAGAAAAAGACAAAGAAGUGGAAUGAGCAAAAACCGAUGCCACAACAUUUUCAUGUUAGCCAACAUGUGUUACUUUGCAAUUCCAUACUUAAACUUUUUCCUGGGAAGCCCAAAUCUCGAUGGUCAGGACCAUUUGAGGUGCAUUAUGUUUAUCCACAUGGAGUAGUUGACAUCAAGAACAUAUAUAAUGGGAUGGUCUUAAAAGUUAAUAGCUGGCGUCUGAAAAUUUACAAUGGAGCUCCACCUGUGUUCAACAAGUCGGUGGUUUACUUGCACAACGCUUGA